CAAGACGACGUGUCCAAUUGGACACUCUCAUCUACACUCCUGACGUGCUCCCAGAACUGCAUCUUCCUUUACACAUUUCAGCCGUCGUCAGCAGCACAACGAUGAGGCACUCAUUCAGCAUUGCGAUGGCGACAGCACUCGCUGGCACCGUCGCUGCCGACAUGCAGCUGAUACAGGUGUCCGUGCAGCAGCCGGAGGCGGCAAAGCUGCGCACUUCAGCGGAGGCCGAAGACUUCGCGGACUUCAGCGGCCGGCCGGCGGAGACGCCCGAACCCACGAUGGAGCCUGGGGUCCCAUGCAUGUGCAAUUGCACAGGUUCGUGCUGCUCGUUCGUAUAUUACGACACGGAUGGUAGCGGUUGUCUUGAGGUUUCGGAAGCCAUUAUCGCGGGUGCAAAUGCGACGUACAUGAGUCCGCCUUAUGAGCAGUAUGAUUUGGAUGGCGACGGCUGCCUCAACGAGACGGAAGCAAUCUGCCCUACAGAAUUGCCAACGAAUGGCGAAGCCCCUUGCGGACAGUAUGUGGCGGUUGGCACCAGCGUUCCCCAAUCAUGCACUGGGCAGACCCGGCGUCGUCGCACGACUGAGUGCUCCAGUUGCGAUAGUGGCACAUUCGCCGUUGCCGACUGCGACAGUUGCAUGGAGAAUGAUGCCAUGUACCUCAGCGCGAGUGCAAGUGUGAGCGACACAAGGAUCUAUGUCAACAAGGACACCGACUUGGGCGGAUUCGCUGUGUCCGUCGGGGAUUCAAUCACGAUCUCGAAGUGUUGUUGUGAAAGUGCUAGCGACCACGGCACGUUCGUCAUCACAGGCGCCGCGCCCACCACUCCGGCCCUCUCCUUCGACAUCCCAGCAUUAACUAUGGAUUUCAGCCAGUUCGACCGUGUUACCAAGAGCUGCUCAUCGACCGAUGGAGUUGGCUAUCCCAGCUCCUUUCCGUGCGGAUGUGGUUCCGAAAUUUGUGGCGAGUCAACAAAGUGCGACAUUAGUGGCAACGGUGGGUGCGGAGCUUGCAUCCCCACCACCUUGCCGACACCAGCCCCGACUGUGUCGGCCAAGGGCGACCCGCACCUGGUGAAUCUGAAUGGGGAGCACUUCGACGUGAACCACGGAGGCGAUUUUACUCUCCUGCGGAUCCCCCAGAACAAUAUCAAGCCCGCAGAGGUAGAGCUGAAGGCCAUUAUCCUCCCCGAACACGGGAAGCCGUGCACCACAUACAUCACCGAGGUGGAGGUCUCAGGCAGCUGGUUCGGCGGCAAGGUUGUGCAGGUGCGUUCCUACCUCAGGUCGCACGCCAAGAACGAGACCGACAAAUUUCUGGGCCUCCGGGUGCUGGAUCGGACCCCCGACGCGCAUGCCGACGAGGCUCCUUGGAUAAGUCUUUCGCAGUGGACCGACGCGAGCUACGUCGUCUCGGAGGCUCAAACAAAGGAUGGCUUCGGGGUGACCGUGUCCACGUCAAAGUGGCACAGCAAGAAGGACGCCAGGCAGAAUGUGCCAACUGUGGCAGGGCAGGUCGAAAUCCAGGUGACCAAUAAGUUGCUGAGCAGCGAGCCCACGAAGUUCAUCAUUCGGCAGGACCUGCCCAGGCAGGAACACCUGAAUCUGGCCGUGCGGCGCCUCAGUUCGCUGGGCCGCGCGGACGUCGGCGGCUUGCUUGGGUUCGACGAGCACCCUGAGUCACUGGAGGAUGUGACGCCCGAGUGCCAGCGCCACAGGGACGGUCUCGAUCAACAGACUGGCCCCCGUCACAGCAAGCCAGAAUGGAAGGUCCGAUGGGAGAAGAUCAGGGAGCAGCGCAUGCAGCCGCACCACACCGACAGCCUGAACGACAACGAGGCUGCUGCCAGCCUCGCUAACAGGGAUAUGAUGUGCGUCUGUCCCAGUGACACUUCUGGAGACCUCGCAGACAACGUCUACGUUGAGGGUCUGGCCAGCGGUGGUAACGUCGGUGGCGUCCUCGUCGAGUUCCAGACAGGCAGGCUCGCCGAGGCGACGUGGGACUGAGGCGCAGAUGUGUCGACCCGCCCGCGGCCUGAUUCGUAGAUCUUUUGCGCAGUUUCUCGGCGUGCUUUCGAACCAAGGGAGCGCAGCGACUGCUAACUCC